UGCAUUGCUUCAGCCAGAACCAACUGACGACUAGAUGGCGACCUCAGUGGCCGCAGCGGGGCCAGCUGGGAGCAGCAGUGAGACGGCCACUCCUCCCCCUCCUCCGGCACAGGCUCGAAAGAGGAUCAGCUACAUCCUUCCCGCUGUCGAAGGAGACCCCCCACAAUGGUACAGGCUGCCCAGUUUCGACGAAGCCAUGCGUCUCAAGAAGGCGCGCUCGACUCCUCUUCUCUAUCCGGCGCCGCCAGAGAGCUACGAUAGCAGCGUGCCCAUAUCAAGCAAGAAUCCCUUCCGAGCGUUGAUAGCAGCAGAGAACAAGAAGGGGAUGGCGACCCAAAGUCAUCCUCGACAUGUCCUUCCCGUUUCGAGCUUGGCACUGGAUGCAACGACGGUACUCGGAGGGCCAGACAGCGAUGGGGUAACCCCCAAAGGCAUCUUGUAUACCGGCGGCAGGGACGGACUGGUGGGUGCUUGGGAAUUGGGACUCGAGAUGCGGCGUAGAGAUAGAGGAAGAGCUCCGGCAACUGCAGCAGCAGCAGCAGCAGUAGCAGAAGAGCAAGAAGAGCAAAUGAUAGAGCAGCACCAAGAGCGAGAACAGAGCGGCUGGCAAGCGAUGCAGCCUAGAGCGAGCUCGCGCACAGGACGAAAAGCAUCGUCAUCUCCUGCACCGGCCAAGUUCCGACAGUGCAUCGGCAGCCACACGGACUGGAUCAACGACAUUGUCCUCUGCAACAACAACCAAUCAGUCAUCUCCGCGUCCUCGGACGGUGUCUUGAAGGCGUGGAGCCCACACGAUAGCCUAGGAGCGACCACACCGCAGAUGCUUGGCUCCCACAGGGACUACAUCAAAGCUCUCGCCCACGCUCCACAUGCUGGUUGGGUGGCGAGUGGCGGAUUCGACAAGACCGUGAAGCUCUGGGACAUUGGGCAGAGUCGAGCCGAGCCUAUCAUUGAGCUGCCAGAGACCCUCGUCAAGUCGUCCGUAUAUGCGCUGUCGACGAACCCAGCUGGGACCGUCAUCGCAGGGGGAUCGCCCGAGAAGAUUGUCCGCGUUUGGGACCCAAGGAGCAGGCAGCAGGUGUCGCAGCUCGUCGGCCACACAGACAACGUGCGGAGUGUCGUCGUCAGUCACGACGGCCGACACCUCCUCAGCGCUUCGUCGGAUUGCACCAUUCGGCUGUGGUCUCUCGCGGAGCAGAGAUGCCUGCAUACAUUUACCCAUCACGAUGACAGCGUCUGGAGCCUCUUUUCCGACCAUCCAGACCUCGAUGUCUUCUACUCGGGCGACCGCGCGGGAUACGUUUGCAAGGUUGACUGGGAGCGUUGUGCGGAAGUCUCCGAGGGCGAAUGCGUGGUCUUGGCCAGGGAGUCGGGCCUCGAAGCCGAGCAGCAGCCAUUCUCCCAAUCUCCCGCGGCUGGCGCUGCAGGUAUCCACAAGAUCGUCGCCCUUGACGAUGCCUACUUCUGGACUGCCAGCGCGACUUCGCGCGUUAGCCGAUGGCGAGAUGUGCCAAGGCGGUCCGAGAGAGAGGCUCUCUACCCAAUUCAUCGACCCUCUGUGUCCUCGAUGUCGGGAGCUGGUCCCUCUGCACCUCCUGCAACGGACAUGGUAGCCAAGCCAAGCGCGUUCAGACAACAGUCUAGCCAGCCGAUGGCGUCCAACGUUUCCUUUGUCGAGCCAACGGCAGGUGGCAGCUUGUCGGGCGAUACGGCCCCUUUAAACCUCAAUGCGCCCGAACCUGUGCCGUCACUGUACGGUAUUCCCUUCGAUUCUCUCGUCUGCCUGGCUCCACCCGACGACCCCCUGCAGGCGGCCAUUGGACUGGGCAGUGUCAGCCUGCGUCAAGCCACUUCGAACACUGAUCAACAAAGUAGACAGGACAAUCUCUUUUCUUCGGCUUCGCUCAUCUCAAUCCCCUCUGCUCUGCGAUCGGUCAGCGGUGGCCAUAAGAAUAGCUUCGACGAGGUUGUGACGACAAGGACACCUUUGUCUCUGACGGCGCAACACCGACCUGCCAGUAUCCGCUUCGCAGCAUCUUCGCCUCCUGCCGAUGCUUUUGCCGAGGCCGAGGAAGAAGAGGAAGAAGAGGAAGAAGAUCAGAGUGCGGAAGAAGUGUAUGACACUAAAGCCCUAGAAGCCCGGCAGGCGUACGAGGAAAGAGAGCUAGUGGCGGAAGCCAAGCCUUUGAACGAAUGGCCAGACGACAGCAUCGAGGGGUCGCACGGUCUCAUUCGGUCCUCGAUGCUCAACGAUCGACGGCAUGUCCUCACGGUAGAUACGGCAGGUACCGUCUUCGUGUGGGACAUUGUCAGUGGACGGUGCUUGGGAGGUAUCAAAUGGCAAGAUAUUCGAGCGGCAGCGGCAGUGUCACAACAUACGGAAAGGCAGCUUCUCCCCAACGAAGCUUUGGAAGUGGUCAAGGAACGCAUCGAGGGAGAAGCCGCCGUGCCGCUCUGGUGCACCGUUGACACAAAAAUCGGCCGAUUGACUGUUCAUCUCGAACAUCCCCGCUGCUUCGACGCCGAACUGUACCUGGACGAGUGCACCAACUUCGUGCCUGACGUGAGCAGCAACUGCAAGGAGGACCAGCGGGCGAAUGCAGGCAAAUGGGUCUUGAGGAACCUCUUUGGCGGCUUCGUGGAUGUUGAGACGAAGCUGCGGAAUGGGGAUCGUCCUCAAUUGAAUCAAGGAACGCUGGCUGUGGAAAAGCCAGAGAUUGCACGGAGCGCAGGUCUCAGGCUCAAUCUUCCUGGCUCGACGAAGUUGACAGGCUUUGCGUCGCCCUCUGAGAAGAUGCAUACGCCGGGUAUGACGAUAGCGCUGGCCGUGGCCCCGAAGACGCCUGCAUUGGUGCCCAAAGGCGCGACCGCUCUGACACCCACAGUGGCUUCGGUGGCCACGCUUCCUGCUCUCGCCGAGUUGGUCAGCAGUGUCAGCACGCGCAAUGGCAAUGGGGCUACAGGAGCCGACUACUUUUCUUUGCAGACAGGUCAGAGUCAGCAGGCUAAUGCGCCCACAACGCCCUUGAGCCGGUCUGCCUCGACAGUCAAGACGCUGACGUCUACCGAUGCAAUGCCCCAGUCUCCUUCUGCUGGCUCUUCUGGCCUCAUGGGUCGACUCCGCAUGGGUCUCGGCUCUAGCAAGAACAAGAGUUCAGCUGCUGCCAUCGCUGCCGCCAAUCAUGCCAGUGCUGGUGGCAAUGCCAAGGCAGGAGGCGCAUCAUCAACGGAUGAGUCUGACAGCGCAACGACGGAAAACGCACACCUAACGUGGCUUCGACACAUCCUCUCUCGGCCUGUGAAUGCUCCAUCGCUUAUGCAAGAGACCCCGGCGAUCAACUACGAUGGCCAGACCGCGCUCCUCAUCUCAGAGAGUCCACUCUCGCAGCUCGACUCCACGGGGGCCUGGCAGGUUGUCUACCGAGGCCUCGUCUCCACGACAUCGGCAGACGUAGAAGCGCUUGAACUCCUCUCACCAACAUGGCUAGUCGAUUUCUUGCUAGCCAAUCGACUUUCGCUGGCUAACAAUGCUACGGCAACAACGCAGGCGUCUGCAAAGAUCAGCUUUACGCUGCAGCCUUGGAAGCCAAAGGCAGGCACUUCGAUCUCGUCAUCGUCAUCGACCUCUUCUCCGCAGAAGCAUGAUGAGGAUGGGGCGAAAGAAGAGGGUGGCGUCGUCGCCAUGCCAGCAAUGCCCAGCGGCAAUGCACGGCUGACGGCGACGAGGAUGCUCCGAAUGAAAAAGGUGUGCGCAUACGUGUGCGAAAAGCUCCAGAUCACCCCUGCUACAAUAGCCGAGGACGCCCGAUCAAGGGCUUCCAGCAUCGUACCAGCCAGCAUCCAAGGUUCGAGGAGACCGUCGGCGGAGAAUGGACCGGCGGGUGUGCCUGCUGUCUUUCCGCCACUUACGCAGAUUCAUACGCCUCCUCCUGCAACCGCCAUCGGCGCUUCUGGAGAAGCUGCACUGGAGAAGCGAGAGCACGAUUUGACCCCGGUAGAGAUGGUAGAGAUUCUCUGCAAUGACGUCGUCUUGCCGCCCCAUGCUACGCUGGCUCAAGUUCAGCGCUUCGCUUGGAAAGGGCCGACGACGUCAGACGUCAAGCUCGAAUACCGGUGGGCAUUGUGAAGCAAGACACCCGCUUUUGUACCAUACCGCUGUUCCCUCCGGUCGUCUUUCUAUGCAUUGGCAUCAGAUUGUGGCGACGGAGCUAUCAUGGUUUCUGAGAGGAGGAGUUGAUGAGAAGUUGCCUGUCUUGUGCAUUGUAUCAUAUUCUCUGACUUGCGAUUUGGUGAUGAGGAUGAGAGGGGCAGAUGAGCUAAAUUCCACCUGGUGGUGGUUGUUCUUCUUGGCCUGUUGAUGCCGAAGAAGGCUUCCCAUCUUCUGAUUUCGUUGAAGUUUCCGAUUCUGCCACAGGUUCACUGUGCCCUGGUUGUGUAUCUGUGCCUGGAGCUGGAGCUGGUGCUGCAGUCUCCAGCCUUGCAUCUGCACCGGACUGUGUCGCCAACGCCGCUCCACCGGCCUCACGCUCGUUCCCAUUGCCGUAAGACGUCGUAGUAGUCGUCCAAGUCGGCGCGUCUUUCACGCUCGGCAGCAGGCAGU